AUGUUACUCAUGUGGCUGAGGGGACCACUGGGAAUCAGACUGUCAUCUGGCCAUGUUAAGCAGGUCAGUUUACAGCUUCUGAAGCUUAAAGCAUGCAUUCCCAAUGUGUUUGCAAGGAAGCCAAGAGGGUUGGAAGAGAUUGAUAGAUGGAAGGCCACAGAGUUGAGACAGUUUGCCCUCUAUACAGGAAAAAUUGUGCUUAAAGGCAUAAUUGCAGAACAGCUCUAUGAGCACUUCCUGGUUUUUAGUGUGGCAUUAUCCAUCCUUGUCUGCCCAAGAUUGUCAAAACAUUACAAUCACAAUGCAGAGGAGUUGUUGAUGUACUUCAUUGCACAGGGAAGACAUUUGUAUGGGGAUGAGUUUCUUGUCUACAAUGUCCACAGUUUGAUUGUGAGGCGGCUUAGGGAAGCAGACAAACUGAGCAAGAUACUUCGUGAACCAAACAAGACUGUAGAAAUAAAAAAACCCAACAAUGUCUUCACUCUUAGUGAUCUAGAGUGCUGUGAAGUUGUUGCAGUGUCUGGUGAGACAGAGCAUGGGGAAAAGAUGUUGCUCUGUCGUAUCUAUGAUCGACUUGAGCCAUUCUUCAUGCAGCCCUGUGACUCAAGGUUGAUUGGAGUCUACACAGCCAGAGACAGUCACACUCGUAUGAAAACAUUAUCUGAGAGGCAAUUGGGCAGGCAGGCAUUUAUGACUGAGGCAGACAGUGGUUUGAGGAUUAACACGGUCAACCAGUUUGCUGUUGUAAAAUUUGUCAAAUCCAACACAGUGGAUGCUGUGCCAACGAACUGGCUAGAGACAACUGAAAAGACUGUGUUUUGCUACUGGCCGCACAAGAACGUGACUGCCAAAAUCAAAAGGAGAGAGAUACCUGACAAAACACGUUGGGCCAAAUGCAAAGUCACAGUUUUAACAUACACAGACAGCUACAGCAAGGCUAGAGACAAGGUCAACCAAGCAACAGUGACCUCAAAUUUGGAAAGUGACCUGGAAGAAGAAGCAGGCAGGAAGAUUGUCACACCUGCUCGGUACCUCGACUCAGAUACAGAUAUAGAUGAGCCUUUUGCCAAGAGAUUGAAGAAAAAGACUGCCACAUCUGCCACAAUUACUCCCCAGACUCCACAGAUGCCAAACAUGCCUUCCUUCACCCCAUCAAUGGAUUUCUUUUCAGCCAGACACAACGAGGACAGCCCCACUUUGCUAAAAAAUGUGGCUGUGACCUCAACAAGGACUAUGUUACAGAGCAGUGACAAAGGUCCUUCUAUGACCAGCACUCCGAAUACAACUUCAAACACUCAGACUUUGCUCACAAAUUUAGAUGUGACCUCAACCAGGACUAUGUUACAGAGCAGUGACCAAGGUCCUUCUAUGACCAGCACUCCGAAUACAACUUCAAACACUCAGAAUGAUUCUUGUAUACCAGCAUAUGUGAGGGCCAUCUUUAUUAAACUGGACAAGAUCGAACUCUCUCUAGAGACCAUUCAGUCCAUUUUAACCAAAAACAUGGGUUCUGAUGACCCUGAAAUUGAAGAGCUGACCAGGUCACUACAGACUCCAGCCCAACUUGAAGAAGCUUCUGACAAGCUAAAGGACACAGCUCACAGAAAGAAAGUGGUUGAUUAUCUGUCACUGCUGGGUGGUAAAUCUCCUGGUGACUCUGUACGACGGAUAAUGCGAAAAAUUGGAACAAAUGCUCUUUGGGCCAAUUACAGUUUGAAGGGUCGAAAGGGGAAAAGAAAUUUUCAGGACCUGGCUAUAUAUCCCAUCAUAAUCCAGGCCUGCCAGAAGAUCCACCCCACGACUCUUCAAAAAACGAUUGAGAACUGUGUAGCGGAUACAUUACGAUAUGCUCCACACAGAAUCACUCAGGUUGGAGGACCAUCCAUGGAUAGUGAAGAACAUGCAGCAGCAGCUCCAGAGGGGAGCGGCAUGCUUGAAUCUGCUGACUAGCCAAAUCCUUUUUUUUUUAUCAUGUUGAAGACCAGAAAUGUUUAAAAAUGUUCAGAUUUAAGCAGUUCUAUUAGAUUUUUUAUUUAGUUAAUUUAUCCUAUGAACAUGCAGCAGCAGCUCCAGAGGGGAGCGGCUUGCUUGAAGGGAGCGGCUUGCUUGAAUCUGCUAACUGGACAAAUCUUUUUUUUUAUCAUGUUGAAGACCACCAAUGUGUAAAAAUGUUCGGAUGUUAAUUUAUCCUAUGUUUCAUGUGUAAUUUUGUUUUCUGUUAAAGCUUAUAAUGUUACUACACAACAUGUCUGUUAUUAAAGAAGUUUGACUCUAAAUACAACUGUCUGGGAACAUAUAUCAAACUGGAAAAAGAAACUUUACAAAAAUGUUAGGGCAUAAUGUUCCAACAAUGUUAUCACUAAAAACGUAUGUUUUAAAUGUGUUUUAAAAGUACAUGAUUAUAUCUUUUAGGAGAACAUUUUGGAAACGUUUUAAGACUUAUGGUAGACCAUGUUUGAAAAAUAUUGUUAGAGGAUAAUGUUCUAAAAAUGUUGUGUGUAAACAUUUAAGGAAUAUCACCACAAAACAUGUGUAAUGUUUUUAUAGAAUGUUAUCCUAACUUUCAAAAAUACAUUCUAAGAACAAAAAUUAAAUGUACAACAGAGAACUUUGUAAGA